AUGGUUAGUCUUUUUAGUUUUAUUUUAAGUUUUUUUGACUUAGUAAAUAUAUUAUUUUUAAUUGUUCUGGGUUCACUAUUGUUGCAGGUUCUAAUAGCAGCUGCGGUUUGUACGAAAAGCGGUAAAACUAUUAUAUCGCGCCAAUUCGUAGAAAUGACUAAAUCAAGAAUAGAAGGGCUUCUUGCUGCUUUUCCAAAAUUAAUGUCGACCGGUAGGCAACAUACUUUUGUAGAAACAGACUCAGUUCGUUAUGUUUAUCAGCCACUUGAAAAAUUAUACAUGUUGCUCAUCACAACCAAAGCUAGUAACAUUUUGGAAGAUCUUGAAACUUUAAGAUUAUUUUCUAAAAUGAUUCCAGAAUAUUGCAGAACAAUGGAAGAAUCAGAAAUUAUAGACAAUGCAUUUAAUUUAAUAUUUGCUUUUGAUGAAAUUGUUGCAUUAGGAUAUAGAGAAAGCGUAAAUUUGGCACAAAUUAGAACUUUUGUCGAAAUGGAUUCUCAUGAAGAAAAAAUUUACCAAGCUGUUAGAAAAACACAAGAAAGAGAAGCCAAAAAUAAGAUGAGAGAAAAAGCUAAAGAGUUGCAAAGGCAAAAAUUAGAAGCAGUUAAAAAAGGUGGAAAAACUCCAGUAUUUUCUACUGGUACAGGAUUUGGAAGUAAUACAGGUGGCUACAAUCCUGUAUCAAACAUUGAAUCUUUAAUGCUUAGAGAUGAAGAACCAAGUUAUAUAGCUCCUGCAAAAUCUACGACUAACAAAGCAAUGAAAUUGGGUAGUAAAUCUAAGGAUGUAGAAAGCUUUGUUGAUCAAUUAAAGAAUGAAGGUGAAAUUGUUCAAACACCUUUGAUUAAUAAAACUGCAAAUACUGGAAAAGUUCAUACUUUGGAAAAUUUCGAUGAUGUUCAUUUAAGGCAAGAGGAAAGAUUAACAUUACGAGUGGGCCGUGAUGGAGGUAUUCAAUCAUUUGAAUUGCACGGAUUAGUAACGUUAAGAAUUUCAGAUGAAAAAUGGGGCAGAUUACGCGUCCAAUUAGAAAAUAAAGAUGAUCGAGGUAUACAAUUACAAACCCAUCCAAAUGUUGAUAAAGAAUUAUUUAAAAUGAAAUCCCAAAUCGGUUUGAAAAAUCCGACUAAGCCAUUUCCACUGAAUACAGACGUCGGCGUUUUAAAGUGGAGAUACCAAACGCAAGAAGAGUCUUCUAUUCCUUUAACAAGUAAAAAACUUAAUUUUAAAUACAUUAAUGCUGCGUCUGAAAAUAUCGAUGGAGGAUGUGACGUGAAUAUAGAAUAUGAAUUGGAACACGAUCACAUGGAGUUAAAUGAUGUUUCUAUUGUCAUACCACUGCCAAUUGGCGUGUCUCCUGUUAUAAGCGACUGCGACGGAGAAUAUCAUCACGAUUCACGGAAAAACAAUUUGACGUGGUCGUUACCUGUUAUUGAUUCGUCUAAUAAAUCAGGAUGUUUAGAGUUUUCAACAUUAACUUCAGUUCCAAACGAUUUUUUCCCAUUGAAUGUAGCCUUUACAUCAAAAACGUCUUAUGCAGAUUUAAAGAUAACGGAUGUGCAUUUGGUUGAAAAUCAAGCACCUGUUAAGUACUCUGUUGAUACAGUUUUUGUAGUUGAUAAAUACGAAAUUGUUUGA